UCAAACCCUCAUAAAAACGCAACACAGGAGUUGAGCCAAUGUCGAAGCGCAGUUGAAAAAGGAGAAUAACGGCACACUCCCAAAACCUAAACACUGCCUUUUUCAAUUCUUCAGUCAAUCAGAUUGCAUAAAACCUCGAUUUUUCAAGUGGGUUUUUUAUUUUUAUUUCCCCUUUUUCCGAUUUAUAAUUCAAUCACUGUUCUUGGUCUCUUUUAUGAUCAUCUUCAUCUGGUUAGACGAUCGUAUCUACUGUUCAAUUGCUUCGAGAAAGUUAUCAGAUUGCAAGAUUGGGUCGCGAUUUUGUUGAAUUUAUGUAAUGAAUUUAUAGCGUUGAAGAUUGAUCUGAUCAGAGUCUCAAAAAAUGAGCACUGGCAGGCAAAUGGUGACUGCUCGAGACCUUAUCGAUGAGGCCAAGAAACGGAUUGUUUUCCUGUCCAUGUGCGUUAUUGGACUCUCAUAUCUCAUGUCUUUGACAAGCGCUUCAGUGUUAAUAAACUUGCCAGCUGCAUUAUCCUUACUUAUUGUUCUUCGUUACUUCACAUUGGAUUAUGACACGAAGAGAAAAGCUGCAUCAUAUAACAAAAACCCAUCAACACCCCACGUUUUUUCUGUCAAAAAACCACCCCUAGACCCUAAAUCCAUCUCAGGAAAGUCAGACUGGAGAAAAAAAGUCAACUCUCCAGUUGUUGAAGACGCAAUAGAUCAAUUCACAAAACACAUAGUUUCAGAAUGGGUCACUGAUCUUUGGUAUUCCCGUAUUACCCCUGACAAACAAGGUCCAGAUGAACUAGUGCUCAUUAUCAAUGGUGUUUUUGGGGAAUUCUCUAGCCGAAUGAGAAAUAUCAACCUCAUUGACCUUCUCACAAGGGACAUUAUCAAACUUUUAUGCACCCAUUUGGAGCUUUUUCGUGCAUGUCAAAUCAAGAUUAUGAAGCAAGAACCUCUCACAAUUGCACAAAGAGACAAAGAACUAAAAACUGUGCUUUAUGCUGAAAAUAAGUUGCAUCCUGCUUUAUUUUCUUCUGUAGCUGAGUACAAGGUUCUACAGCAUCUUAUGGAUGGUUUCAUAUCUUUAACAUUCAGACCUGAGGAUCUGAAUUGUUCUUUAUUUCGUUACAUAGUGAGGGAAAUGCUUGCUUGUGCAGUAAUACGACCCGUUAUAAAUUUAGCAAAUCCCAGGUUUAUUAAUGAAAGGAUUGAAAACGUGGUUCAAAAUUCAUCAAAAAAGUCUGAAAAAGUAUCUAAUAACACAGAACAAGUCAACUCACAGUCAAAGCCAAAUGGAUCUGUUAAAGUUUACACUCAAUCUGUGUCUUUAGAUCCUUCUGCAAAGGGUGUUGAACUCACAUUGUUAAAGAAAGAUAAUUACGAUUCUGCCACUAACAAUCCCACCAUAAAAGACCCUUUGCUUUCAAUCGAUACCAAAGUAGACACCCGAAAACAACAUGUUAGUGGUGAAUGGGGGGACAAAUUAGACAUUGUUACACGUAAAAAAACCGAAGCAUUAGCUCCUGAAAAUUUUGAAAACAUGUGGGCUAAAGGCAGAAACUACAAAACAAAAGAUGGUAUGAUCAUCCAACAAAGUUCUUCAGCCAUGUCAGCGAAUGUGGUCAACCAGUCAAAGACAUUGACUUCACAAGAAGUCAUUCAUGGGUCCACCAAAGGUGACAAAUCAUUCCUGUAUGAGGAAGAUGAAGAUGAGGAAGAUGAAACAAGGAGUAAUAGUAGUGUUUAUUCUAGUGAAGAUGAAGAAAGUGGUGAUAUAACAGGAUUAAAUUCACCAGGGACUAAAGUAUGGGAUGGAAAAAGUAACAGGAAGCAAACUGUAACUCACAUUCAUCAUCCACUUGAAAGUUUUCAAGGCCAAAAGACAAAAAAAACAGGAAAAGGUUCUUCACCAAAAAGAAAUCCAGGGAGAAAAAGGUCAAGAGUAAGUAGUAAUCCAAAAGAGGAAAUUUGGCAUGAAGUGGAAAGAAAAAGCUUCUUAUUGGGAGACAUGCAGGAUGUUUUGAGUUCCUCAAAAGGGUAUUCUAAAUCUGUUGAAUCUAGUGAUGAAUCUGAUAAAGAGUCAUUAGCAAGAACCAAUAGUGGGACCAGUGUUUCAUCUUUAUUUCCUUCGAUUCCUGAAAGUAACAUGUCAUCCACUAAUGCUCAAAAACAUUCACAAUUGGAUGAUUCAUUUUUCAGACUAAGAUGUGAGGUUUUGGGUGCAAACAUUGUCAAGAGUGGAUCUAAAACAUUUGCUGUGUAUCCCAUAUCAGUUACAGAUGUGAACAAUGUUAGUUGGUCUAUCAAAAGAAGAUUUCGACACUUUGAGGAGUUACACAGGCGUCUGAAGGAGUAUCCAGAGUAUAACCUUCAUCUCCCACCAAAACACUUUCUAUCAACUGGACUUGAUGUUCCUGUUAUUCAAGAACGCUGUAAACUUCUUGACAUUUAUUUAAAGAGACUUAUGCAGCUUCCAACUAUAUCUGGAUCUAUUGAAGUUUGGGACUUUCUUAGUGUUGAUUCCCAGACAUAUAGUUUCUCAAAUUCUAUAUCCAUCAUUCAAACCCUAUCAGGUUUUUCGGUUGCAAAGCCUGAAGUAGUAAAGGUAAUUGGAAAACCAUUAGAGGAUUCUGAUAGUGAUCAUGAAAUUGUUGUUUCAAGUCAUAUAAUAAAGAAGUCAGAAGAGCAGUUUUUAAAGGGAUUGGAGGACAAUAUUGUAAAUCCAGCAUCUGGGAUUGGGAUUCUUACAGAUGAUGGUGAUUCAGAAUUCCCUAGUGAGUGGGUCCCACCAAAUUUAAGUGUCCCUAUAUUAGAUCUUGUUGAUGUUGUGUUCCAGCUUCAAGAUGGUGGUUGGAUCAGGAGGAAGGCUUUUUGGGUGGCAAAACAGGUCCUACAGCUAGGCAUGUCAGAUGCCUUUGAUGAUUGGCUAAUUGCUAAAGUUCAACUCCUACGUAAGGGCUCCAUUGUUGCUUCAGGAAUCAAGAAGCUUGAACAGAUACUUUGGCCGGAUGGGAUAUUUUUAACAAAGCAUCCCAGGCGGCAGCAACCACCACCCGCCACCGUAAAGCCACCCCAGGACUCACCUGACCGCCAACCUCCACCACCACCACCACCCAACAAUGAACAAACACUGACACAUGAAGAGGUUCAAGAACAGGAAGCUCAGAGACGUUCUAAACUAGUUUAUGAGCUAAUGAUUGAUAAGGCGCCAGCAGCGGUUGUAAGUGUUUUUGGGCGAAAGGAGUAUGAGCAGUGUGCAAAAGAUGUCUAUUACUUUAUUCAGUCAUCUGUUUGCUUAAAGCUAUUAGCGUAUGACCUUAUUGAGCUGCUGCUGAUGUCAGCAUUUCCAGAACUGGAUUCUGUGUUCCAACAAUUGCAUGAAGAAAAGCAAAAGUUUGGAGAUCUUGAACACUAGCAAUAUCAUCAUCCCCUUAUUUUAUUCAUGUGAUGUGAUGUGAUGGCGUUUCCCUGUUAUUUUAUUCUGUGUUCCAAAGAUGUUCUAAGGGCGAUGCAUUUUUGCUUCUUCUAUUGCCCACGAAAGAGCCCAUUUUUUUUCUUCUUCUCGAGAAAUGGUGGAAAGUUGGUUAGGGUUUGCAAUAUAGAUUACAAUUGUAAAUAUGUUUUGAGUUGGGAUUUUUGGAAGAUUUAAAGUAUGAUCUUGUUACA